CUAAUCUGCGAGUUUUCCAUGGUGAACUUCGAUGGAAAACUCGAACUCUUUCCUUAUAUUACAAUUCUAAAUCUAACUGAACAGAAAACAGCACUUUCAAACUUUUCGAAACCUCAAGCAUAAAAAAACCUAUAGUCUCUAACACUACACCAUGUGGUCCGACACAGAGAACCCAACCACUAGUGAAGCCGACGAAGGCGGGGUGUCUCCCGUUGAGCAGGUUCGUCUCACGGUACCCAACACUGACGACCCGACCCAACCGAUAUGGACCUUCCGUAUGUGGUUCCUGGGUCUCCUCUCCUGCUCCUUCCUCUCUUUCACCAACCAGUUCUUCGCCUACCGCACCGAGCCUAUUAUCAUGUCUCAGAUCACCGUUCAGGUCGCUGUCCUCCCUGUCGCACAUUUCAUGGCCGCGGUUCUACCCAAGACAAAGUUCACAAUCCGUGGGUUCGGGUCCAGGAUCUUCUCCUUCAACCCGGGUCCGUUUAACGUGAAAGAGCACGUGCUCAUUACCAUUUUCGCCAACGCCGGAAGCGCUUUCGGAAACGGGUCUCCGUACGCGGUUGGCAUCGUUAACAUUAUCAAAGCCUUUUAUGGACGGAGCAUCUCCUUUUUCGCCUCUUGGCUUCUCAUCGUUACUACACAGGUGCUAGGAUACGGGUGGGCUGGGAUACUGAGGAAAUACGUGGUUGAACCAGCCCAUAUGUGGUGGCCCAGCACCCUCGUCCAAGUAUCACUUUUCCGAGCAUUGCAUGAGACAAAUGACAAUAGAGCAAGAACAAAGUUUUUCUUUUUUGCACACUUAUGCAGUAUUUUGUGGUACGUUGUCCCUGGUUACUUGUUCACAACGCUCACAAAUAUCUCAUGGGUGUGUUGGAUAUUCUCCAAGUCAGUUACAGCUCAGCAGAUAGGAUCAGGCAUGAGGGGGCUUGGAGUUGGAGCUCUCACACUUGAUUGGGCCGCUGUGACAUCAUUCUUGAUCAGCCCUCUUAUAUCACCCUUCUUUGUCAUUGCCAAUGUUUUUGUGGGCUAUGCAUUAAUAGUGUAUGUUGUUCUUCCUAUAUCAUAUUGGGGCCUCAACCUGUACAAUGCCAAUAGGUUUCCCAUUUUCUCCUUACACUUGUUUACAGUCCAAGGUCAAAGGUACAACAUAUCUGCCAUUGUAGACAAUCAUUUUGAGUUGAAUGUUGCAGAGUAUGAAAAGCAAGGUAGAAUUCAUCUCAGUGUGUUUUUCGUUGGAUAA